GGCAAACGCAUCACGCCUCUUUUGUCUCUUCCGUGUAGAUCUCGCUUCGUGUACCAGAAACCCCGGCCCUACCCGCACCCACACCCCCGGCUCGCCGGAGAAUAACGCUGCUGCCGUAAUCACGUAAAUUCGUGGGCAUGGAGGGCGUGGGCGCGCGGCUAGGUCGCACUUCGGCACGCUACGGGCCGGCGACGACGUUCACGGGACCUGUUAGGAAGUGGCACAAGGAGUGGGUACCAGUGGUCGCCGCCGCCGUCAAUACCAACGCCAGCGCCAACGGUGGCGCGGCGCCCUCCACGGGGACGGGAUCUGGCGGAGGAUCCCGUGGGAAUAAUCUUCUCCUGUUUAAGUGGACCCCGGUGAACGGGGCUAACGGGGGAGGAGGGGAAGGGGAGCAGCAGCAGGCGGCGGAGACGGCCACGAGACGCAGGCGUUAUGUGCCGGUGCUAUUUGAUCAACUUUGUACAGUAGUCGGCCAUGUUCUAAGUUAAGGCAGUUCCCACUCAAAAACUUUUUCGCCCCAUGACAUCGAAUGUUUGGACAUAUGUAUGUAGCAUUAAAUAUAGAUUAAAAAAUAACUAAUUGCAUAGUUUGCAUGUAUUUUGCUAGAUAAAUCUUUUAAGCCUAAUUAGUCUAUGAUUGGACACUAAUUGCUAUAGUUACAAAUGUGCUAUAGUACCCAAAAACUUUUCUUUUUGCGAACUAAACAAGGCCUAAGCUAACAGUUUUUCUUUUUCUUUUUCUUAAGCACAUUGUAGAGCUGCCUCUCUUUGUAUUAGAGUAAGCAAAAUAAAUGGCUAUAUGCUUGUUGUGCCCCAAAGGGUUAGAUAACCCAAAUAAAAAAGACAAACAAAGGAUCAAGAACCAAGGUUGCAAUGAGAGUUUUGCUUGGCGUUUAUGGCAUUAGCGUGAUAUAUCAGCUGAUAAAACUCAAAAAGAAGCCAGAAUCACUAAUCAAUAUGGGUAUUUUGAUUUUGGUUUCCUAGAAUGUGACAUUGAGCUGGACAUGUUCAGCAAUAGGAAAACUACUUUGAUUAAGGACUGAAAGACUCAGUAUUUCAAUAAGAAUUGGAAUUCUGGCAAGAAUAGAUACAAUAAGAAAUCAGAUCCUGGAGGAUGGACAUGUCCUUGAAAAAAAAGAAGAUAUACCAGAAUAUAAAUGCAAGCCUAAAGUAUUAAUUUCCUAUGGAAGAUUGACCUUCUAGUGUGGAAGGGGAAUAAGAUCAUGGAGGACGAUCAAAGAAGCAUGCCAUACUCAGCCAGGCACCAUCUCAGUUUUCAUAGUAGACAUCAUAUGACGGCUAGUGUUCUUGGCUGCACUUUAUAUAUAUAUGGUCACUGGGUUGGGUUAUGCUUGAUCAACAUGGCUAUUAAAUAGUAGAAAUCGAUAUGCAUAUAUAUAA